AUGAAGGAGAUGGAGUCGAAAGGAACAACAGUCUGUGUGACCGGUGCGGGCGGUUUUAUAGCCUCUUGGCUAGUCAAACUCCUUCUUUCCAAUGGCUACACCGUUCAUGGAACCGUUAGAAACCCUAAGGAUUUGAAGAAUGCCCAUCUGAAGAAUCUAGAGAAUGCAGAAGAAAACUUGAAGCUUUUCAAAGUAGACCUACUUGAUUAUGAAUCUAUUGUUGCAGCCAUUAAUGGUUGUAGUGGAGUUUUUCAUGUGGCUAGUCCUGUUCAUUUAGGCAAUGUUCCAAAUCCCGAGGUAGAGUUAGUGGAAACAGCGGUAAAGAGCACGCUAAAUGUAUUGAAGGCGUGUAAGGAAGCGACAAAUGUGAAGCGUGUGUUGUUUGUAUCUUCUUUAGCUGCUGUCUGCGUUAAGCCUAGUUUCUUUGAGGGUGGUCAAUUCUUUGAUGAAACUUGUUGGUCUGAUAAGGAAUUCUGUCGAACAAUCAAUAAAUGGUAUUGUCUAUCGAAAACUGAAGCAGAAAUGGAAGCUGUGGAAUUUGCAAAGAGAAACGGACUUGAUCUUGUAACUGUAUGCCCGGGUUUAGUUUUUGGUCCGAAAUUGCAGUCUUCCAUAAAUGAUACUAGUUUGGUUCUUAUCAAAUUCUUGAAAGUGGAAAAUGGAAUUACAGAUAACGCAAUGCAUUGGUUAGUCGAUGUGCGUGAUGUUGCUAAAGCCCUAUUGAUUGUUUAUGAGAAGGCAGGAUCUUCGGAGGGAUUAAGGUACAUAUGCAAAGGUCAUGCAAUUUUUACAAAGGAUAUGGUGGAGAUGCUAAAAAACAUUUACCCACAUGACAAAUAUCCUCACAAGUUUAGUGAUGAAAAGAAUGGAAAUGAGAUAAGUUCAGAAAAAUUGCAGAAGCUGGGAUGGACUUUUAGGGCAUUGGAAGAAACACUUGUUGAUUCAGUCAAUAACUAUAAGGAAGAUGGGAUCCUUUGAUUAAUUGAGUAAUUUAAGCACUUUUAUU